UAUUUUUGUGGAAUGCAGGCUAAACUCAAACAACGACAAAAAAAUUUCGUGUUCUUUCAUUUCCAUUAAGUCAGACAAUACAAAUUGUUGAAGACAGUGCUUCGACGACGCGUACUGAACUAGAUUAAAAAGUUUUGUGUAAAAAAAUUUAAAAAAAAUUUCGACCAAACGAAUGUUUCAGUAGUUUCACCUACUUAACUUAAAUGUUUUAUUAAAUUAUUCCAGUCAAGAAAAACGUAAAGUAAAUAACGAACAUUGUGCAUUGUGUGAUGGAUAAUAUUGUGGUGAACUAAUUUCUGAAAUUAUACGUUGUUUGUGUGAAAUAGGUUAAACUAUUCGAAUGUCGUUUUUGGGAACAGUGAGCUACUUAAUAUUAUGUACAUCAAGGACACUUUGAGCAAUAGAAAACAAUUUGUAUCGAAGGACAACCUUCGCAACGAACGUAGAAACGGAAUCACAGGUACAAAAUGUUCGGCACACCUAACAUGCAAUAUUACGAUCAAGCAGUGUCCAACAGUAAGAUGAAUUUGGUUGAGCGCAUAAAGGAGAAUGUGCUCAACAAUUACAAUUACAAUGGCAAAAAUUCCUUCAAAUGGACCAACAAUUUCGUUUACAACACAGCCUUGUAUUCUGGAGAAGAUCGGAAGAGUACAUUUUACACGGAUUCAAAUGCAAUCACAAAUGAUGAGAUGAUGUCCGCUGAAAAUCAAAAUCUUCGCGAAAAGCUAAAAACAACCGAGCAGAGUCUGUCCGUUCAGGUGAAGAAAUGCGAGAAUCUAAUUCUGUUCUUCACCAAUCAAAUUCAAACGCUUACCGACGAACUGGAACACGAGAAGUCAUGGCGAACGAAUCAACUGUCGAAAAUCGUUAAAGCUCUGAUGAGCUUCGAAACGAAACUGCGAAACGAUCAGAAAAUCAUUCUGAAUCAACUCUACACAAAAGACAACGAAAUAAACAGACUGGCUAGUGAGCUGGUAAUUUUGAGCGAAAAGUAUGGACUAAACUGCAAGAUCAGUGUCAGUGAGGCAGCUCAAUACUGUUUAUCAUGCCGUAAACAAUACUACAGAUCUGAAAUGGCUAAUGCGUGUACACAGAGUCGAAAGAGUCAAAUUGACGAUGAGUCAUCUACGCCUAGCGUUGACUACAUGUCAACCAGCGAAGAUGGUAAUCCUUCAUUCUUUGAGGCACGACGCAGCAAGCGAUACACCAGUAAACGCACUUCCGGGACAUUCAAAGAAUAUGCCCGCUCACGAAGUGUGAAUUUGACUGAUGCCAAUGCCACAAAAGACAGCAGUUCAUCCAUCCAACAACCAUCCGCUAUUGAAACCGAAGGAAACGUAGAACCAUUCAAAUCGAACACGUUGGGAAAGACAACGCAAUUCGAAUCCACUGAAGAUUGGUAUGCCAGUGCAAGUGACAUGGAUGAUUCCGACAAUGCUCUAUCGAAACCAUACGGAACGAAUGCUGUGAACCCCGUGCUUGAGUGUGUCAAUCAGAUUCUACUCCAACAAUCUUUUGACGGUAUGAUGGAAAAGAGCAACGAAGCACCCGACAGUUUACCGAAGGAUGUAAACCUUCGUCAGAAGCGAGUUCAUUUUUCCACUCAGAAUAGUAUGCUACAAGUUCCUCGUGACAACCAGAAUCACCAGAAUCAUCUGACUCCAUCUCGCGAGAGGGAGCAAUCGUUCAGCUAUGAGAGCGUUUAUAGCAAUGAAUAUGAACCGAUUGGAUCGGAAAAUGUGUCGUCCCACCAUUAUGUGGACAUGGAACAUAAGUCGUCCAACGAGGAAGCGCAAAAAAUUGAAAAAUCGAAGAUACCACCGGCUCUUCCACCGAAACCAGCAAACUUAAUGAAACUUAAGCAUGUACUCGGCAUGCGAAACGACAAUAAUGUACCGAUCAAACAACUGGAAAAUAAGCUGAAGCCAGACGCGGAGUCCGAGCCAGAUUACCAUACUGAGCCGGAUUACUGUUCCAUUUCAGAAGUGGACAAUAUAAAAACGGUGAAAAUUGUAGUCGACGUGCAUAAGAGUGCCGAUUCAAUAUCUGUAAGCAGUGAUACCCACACCGAGAUGACGGACGAAUCAUUUGCCGAUAUUCCGAAAUUACCGAAUGUCAAGGCAAUCAUUUCACCGAAGAAGACUAGUUCCAGUACAUUUAUAUCGCAGGACAACUACAUUACAAAGUCGCCAGCGAAACAGUUACCGAUUCAAAACCGACCACCGAAUUCGAUGAAUUUGGUGGACAUACGAAUUAAAAAACCGACUCCAAUUAAGCCCGCAACACCUAAAGCGAUGACUACGGUGGAUAUUAAAUUAACUGCUGCUCCGGCAUCUACUCCACCACACACUGCUAUUGCAAGCAAUGACCUACCGAUCCAGGCAGAAUUCGACUGGUACAAUUUGGACGCUGAAUACGGAAAAUUCACCCAAUCGACGGAAAAUGGUGCUACGAAGGAUGCCGAUAUUUUGCUGGAACUGGACUCUCAGAACGGCCAUGUCAACAACAACGUAGGAAUUGAAUACAAUUUAGACAUGGAAUUUAAUAUGGAUAAUGGGGUGGUGUCAGUGCAUGAGGAGGACGAGAGCGAAACGUUAAAUGACAAUUCAACCGAUCCCUGCAUCAGUAAGAAGAAAUCAUUUCAAACGUUUCUGGACGACACGGGACUGACUACAAAGCCGUUGCCGAGAAAGCGGAAGAUUUACUACACGGCGCCGUUUGUUUGAUACAUGAUAUACCGGUGUGUAACACGGGGGGAAGUUCUGUCCAACAAAUGGGACUUAUGUUAACUGUUUAUGGUGCUGAGAAUAUGGAACAGGAGUGACAAUUCGCUUUUGGGAUGAAUUUUUCAUGCUAGUCACAAGUAAAUUUGUGCCUCAAAAUUACGAACUGUUUCAGUUCGAGUUCAUUUUUAUUGUCUUUUCAUUGGAUGAUCGUAUGUCAUAUCCGGAUAAUAUUUCUUUAUUGAGAAAUGAGAGCAAUGUAUGUAUACGAUCGGUCAACGUAAGAUAAUAGCAAAACAAAUAUAUCAAAAUUUUAUCAUUCUUACAGCAGAUGUGCGUGCAUUGAUGGUAGAUAGUUCUAUUUAAUUUUUAAAUUUAUUUAUUUUGUGAAUUGCAUUUGUUUUCCUUCAAAUUUAUUUAUAAUGAAUGCAUCUCCAGUGACGAAUUAUCCAGUUUUUGUUUCAUU